AUGGAUCCCUACGACAGUGACUCCAGUGUCGAAGAGGAUUUCACCGAGACAAACGUACUCCUCGGGUACGCUGCGGAGGAGGUCAUUGAAGACACCAUUAGCCAUCUGGGCGGCUGGCCGUCAUGGCUCGAUACAAAUUCCCCUCCACCAGGUGACUAUGCCAACUGCAAAGUCUGUAACAGCCCAAUGCUACUGCUUCUCGAACUGCAUGGCGACCUGCCCGACGACUACCCGAACAACGAGCGCCGCCUGUAUCUCUUUGGAUGUCCCCGAAAACCAUGCAACCGGAAACCAGGCAGUAUCCGAGCGUACCGCGCAUCUCGUAAGGUCAGUGUUGAAGGUCAUCCACUGCCGCACGAAAAGGAGAAGCAGCCAAAGCAGCCCGCGAAGGCGGCCGAGCCAAGCCCACCGCCGAAGCCGAAGCAGGACCUCGGUGCCAGCUUGUUCGGUGCCGCCUCGUUGACAAGCAGCGUGUCUGCCAACUCCAAUCCAUUCUCCCUCACUCCGGGCGGCGCCUCGGCCGGGGCCAAUCCAUUCGCGAUGCCCAAGCCGGCGACGCCAUCCCCCGCCGUGGCACAGCCCUCUUCCUCCUCCACAGCCUCCACGAACGCGCUUGCUGAAACAUUCGCCGAUAAGGUCCGCAUUUCCUCUCCCGUGCCGGCCGCAAACCCCGCGGCUGUAACGAAGCAAACGCCCGAGUCUGCAGGCGCGCAGGCGCCGUGGCCUGCGCAAUCCGUUUUCCCGGCUCCUUAUAAACAGUACUACCUGGACGCCGAGUACGAGACCAUGUCGCGGCCAUCGACGCCGACGAUCCCCGAGAAUGUGACUAUGGAGCCAAUGGAGGAAGAAGGUAGCGGUGCUGCGACCGAUCUAAAGGAUACAUUCGAGUCGGAGCUCGACAAGGCCUUCAUGAAGUUCUCGACCCGCCUCGAGCACAACCCGGAACAGGUUCUGCGGUACGAGUACCGUGGCGCGCCACUGCUGUACUCCUACGCGGACCCGGUGGGCAAGCGUCUGCACCCGGAGCACGCAGCGGGCCGGGUGACGACGACCGGGGGUGGGAGCAUGCCGCCGUGCGAGUACUGCGGUAGCCAGCGGGUGUUUGAGGUGCAGCUUGUGCCGCAUGCGAUCAGUAUGCUCGAGGAAGGGCGCGAAGGUGUCGGGCUUGGGGAGGGUGACGCAGGAAUGGAGUGGGGGACUAUCAUUAUGGGCGUUUGUGGAAAGGAUUGCGCGCCAGAGCAGAUGGAGCAGACUGGCUGGCGCGAGGAAUGGGCGGGUGUGCAGUGGGAGGAGUUGAAAUAG